GUCUUUGGCAACGUUAUGACGUGCAUCGUCAUUACGACUAAUCGUGAGAUGCACACUGCCACUAAUUAUUACCUCUUCAGUUUGGCAGUCUCCGAUCUUAUGAUGCUCGUUCUCGGUCUACCUAGCGAGUUGAGCACCUUCUGGCAGCAAUACCCCUUUAAGCUUGGGGUUGGCUUGUGUAAGCUGCGAGCGUAUGUCUCGGAGAUGUCUUCAUACGUCUCCGUAUUAACGAUAGUGGUCUUCUCGGUGGAAAGGUAUCUUGCCAUUUGUUACCCACUGCUCAUGUUCGUGAUGAGCACUAAGAGGGCGAUAUGCUUCAUCAUAGCUGUAUGGUUGAUAGCACUGGUCUUUGCUCUGCCUAUUGCGAUUUUUAUCAACGUUAAUUACGUGCUAUAUCCACUAGGAUCGACCAGGAAGUCCGAGGAUUCGGCAAUAUGCGCAUUGUUAUGGCACAAUUUGCCGGACUUCCCUCUGUAUGAAGUCAGUUGUUUUCUAUUCUUCUUAGUACCACUGGUCCUGAUAAUGGUGCUGUACAUAAAAAUGGGACUUAAAAUCCAUGAAAAUGUGUUUGAUCGUACAAUCGAAGGCUCCAUCCACGGGGAAACGAGACAAGCCCAAUCGCGAAGUACUAUCACUAAGAUGCUCAGUGCCGUUGUGGUCACUUUCUUCUUCUGCUGGGCUCCUUUCCACGCGCAGAGGCUUCUCUACGUCUACGCGUCAGCGGCAACCUUCGAGGAUAUUAACAGGUGGCUUUACCCCCUAACUGGGUACUUCUAUUACUUUAGCACCACCGUCAAUCCUAUUCUCUACAACGUGAUGAGCGCCAACUACAGAAGCGCUUUCAAGCAGACUCUCUGCUGCUCGACGGGGAGUCCCUCGCUCAGGAGGAACAUCAGCAGCGUUAGGGCCAGCUCAAGCAGAGAGGGUAACAACGAUCGUAGUACAAAUGUUCACAGCGUUGGCCAGAAACCAGAAAUCGUCUGUCCUUUCGAGAGGGUGUCCACAAAGAACGAGGAGAAUCUGUGUAAACCGAUGUUGAAGAAGUCUUCGGUGUUGGUCAGGUCAACAAAUGGCCGAACAAGAUGUCACGCGUCCGAGAAAAUCGCGCCGUCAGGUACCCCGAGCUUAUGUUCCACCGAUGUGAUUUUAUACGAGUCCUUUCUUCAUGGGCAUUCGGGUCCUGUGCCAGGAUGUCGUAACUGCGCAACGAAGGAGACUCUCAUUUAA